UAUGUGCACAGUUGACGACCACUGUGUGCGUGCCAAGGGAGAAUGCGAGUUAUUUGUCAAAGCGAGCGCUAAAACACAUUCAUUGAUAACUAAACUUUCCAUCAAAUCGUUGAUCGGUCCUUUACUGAAAAAGGUUAAAUUAAUUAAUAGUUAAUAGUGGUUAUAAUAAAGUGUAUAAAAUGAGCUACCAAGUGGAAGCGUUAAAUUCUGCUCACCUAGAAUUGCAAGGAGGCGGCAGCGGUGCUGAACUUCGUCGACCUUUUGAUCCCACAGCUCACGAUUUGGAGCCAUCCUUUCGAUUGACUCGGUUUGCUGACCUGAAGGGUCGUGGUUGCAAAGUACCUCAGGAGGUUCUUGGAAAAUUAGUGGCGGCUUUGCAGCAGGAUUACUCGAAUGCUUCGGAUCAAGAUGCUCAAUUUAUGAAUAUGGCAAUACCGCGCAUUGGUAUUGGUUUGGAUUGUUCAGUUAUCCCACUGCGUCAUGGAGGUCUUUGUUUAGUGCAGACGACUGAUUUUUUCUACCCUAUUGUCGACGAUCCAUAUAUGAUGGGAAAAAUCGCUUGUGCCAACGUACUCAGUGACUUGUAUGCAAUGGGAGUGACGGAUUGUGAUAACAUGCUGAUGCUACUUGCUGUCAGCACUAAAAUGACGGAGAAAGAACGGGAUGUGGUUGUGCCAUUGAUUAUGCGCGGUUUUAAGGACUCUGCUUUAGAAGCCGGUACGACGGUGACUGGUGGACAAAGUGUAGUAAAUCCCUGGUGCACCAUUGGGGGAGUAGCUUCAACCAUUUGUCAACCUAACGAGUACAUUGUUCCGGAUAAUGCUGUUGUAGGUGAUGUAUUAGUUCUCACCAAACCACUUGGUACACAAGUCGCUGUAAAUGCCCAUCAAUGGUUAGACCAACCAGAGCGAUGGAACCGCAUUAAACUUGUGGUUUCUGAAGAAGACGUUCGCAAAGCGUACCAUCGCGCCAUGAAUUCAAUGGCCCGACUUAACCGUACAGCCGCAAGAUUGAUGCACAAAUAUAAUGCUCAUGGAUCUACAGACAUUACUGGCUUCGGACUACUAGGACACGCACAAACACUUGCUUCGCAUCAAAAGAAGGAUGUCUCGUUUGUUAUUCAUAACCUUCCAGUAAUUGCUAAGAUGGCAGCAGUAGCAAAGGCAUGUGGAAAUAUGUUCCAGUUAUUACAAGGUCAUUCUGCUGAAACUUCGGGUGGCCUUCUUAUUUGCUUGCCCAGAGAACAAGCAGCUGCUUACUGUAAGGAUAUCGAAAAGCAAGAAGGGUACCAGGCUUGGAUAAUUGGUAUUGUUGAGAAAGGCAACAAAACUGCUCGUAUCAUCGAUAAGCCCCGAGUAAUUGAAGUGCCGGCAAAAGAUUAAUCUAAUUAAUACUUCUAAGUUUGUAUCAUCUUCAAGUUUUAAACCGUUUUGGAAAUUUCGCAUAGUCCUUAACUUGUAUUUGAUCUAUGAUUUCAUUUACCGGCAUAAUAUUUACGAAAAUGUAUUUGUAUAUUUACAUAUAUAUGCAUGUAAAUAAAUAUGUGCCGUAUAUAUCUCCUAAGACAUAUGUAUGUAAUUGGUACUUCAUUUUUGCAAAAAUAAAGACUAUUUGUGAAUGAUUGCAUAGUGUA